AUGUCGGGCAUUGACACCUCGACGAUCAGCCUCGUGACUGUUGUCCUUGGCCUGGCAACAUUUGCCGCUGUAAUCCGUCACGUCUCAGCUCGCAAGCUUCAUCCAGAUGAGCCGACCGUCCUCCCGCCAUGGAUACCCUUCUUUGGCCACUUGGUAGGCAUGGCGCUCGAAGGCAGCCGUUAUAUCAAGCGACUAGGGCUAAGCCACUCGAGCAAACCCAUCUUCACCCUCCCCGUUCUCGGGUCGCGCAUAUACGUUGUCACGGAGCCCUCGCUGGGUGCCGCCGUCCAACGAAGCGUCAAGGCGCUAUCAUUCACGCCCCUCGUGCCGGACAUAACGCAGCGGGUUCUCGGACUAGACAGGGAAGCCGUACGAGUCGUUCGCCAGAAUCUCGAUCCGGAGCCUGGGGAGCCAAGGGGAUUCCUCGCCGAUGUCCGCGACCUCGUGCAUGGCUCGCUGGGCCCAGGGGCGUAUCUCAACUCCCUGAGUUGCGAGGCCAGCCAGGAGCUGUGCCGGCGACUAGAUGAAUAUGCGACGUCUAUCAUCGGACAACCUGACCGCCAAGGGCAUGCUAUCCAUCUCUUGGCAUUUGUCCGUCGCAUUGUCACCGUCGGCACUGCCAAUUAUCUGUACGGUCCCCGAAACCCCAUCACCGGGGAGACUGACCUCGAGAACGCCUUUUGGGAUUUUGACCACGGCCUGGGCGGCUUGAUGAUAGGCAUACUUCCGUCAAUGACGGCGCGAAACGCUUUCCGUGGACGUGAAGCGGUGGUCGCGGCACUUAUCAGGUACAUCGAAGCGGGCCACUACGAAGACGCGACACAACUUAUCAAGAACCGGAUGCAGAUAGAACGACAGUACGGUUUCAACGUUGAAACCAUGGCUCGCUCGAGCCUAUCCUUCUUCUUUGCCGCCGUCGUGAACACCACCACCACGGCUUUUUGGGUUGCACUGCGCCUCUUCGCGGACGCGUCAUUGCUGCGGGCGGUUCGUCUAGAGAUUCAGGUCGCCUUGACUUUGAGCGAAGAGACGACAGGGCCCGCAACGAUGAGCAUCGCCAUCCUAAGAGACAAGUGCAUUACCUUAUUGGCAGUGCUCAGGGAGAGCCUUCGCGUCGGGUCCGAGAACCUCUCCGUUCGGCUUGUCAAGGAGGACAUGCGACUUGGGGGAAGGUACUUUCUCAAAAAAGGCUCCGUCGUGCAGAUUGCCGGCGGCGUGAUACACGCGGACAAGGCCAUAUGGGGCGACGACGUGGACGUCUUUGACCCGCAGAGGUUCCUCGGAGCCAAGAGUGCCUCUGGCAUCCAUCCCGCGGCGUUCCGCGGAUUCGGUGGCGGUAGGACGCUGUGCCCCGGCCGACACUUUGCCACUACAGAGAUUCUGGUGUUUGCGGCAAUGAUUGUGCACUCGUUUGACAUGUUUUCCGCGGACGGCGGUACCGUCCGGGUCCCGGCUAAGAAUGAUCGUGUUAUACCGGUGCAUAUUUUGGAACCGAAGCCCGAGGACUGUCCCCAGGUAUUGCUUAAUCCGAGACCCGAAGCGGGCAUGCUGAAGGCGCUCAGGAUCGUCGUAUGA